CGACAGGGCAGGGUAUUGAGAGCUAGCUAGCUAUCGAGCGAGCGAGCGAAUGGAGCGAACGAGCAGCGCAUACCGCACAGCAUCGAGAGCGGAGAAGGGACUUGCGCUGCGGAAUAGACAGCAGAGUGAUGGUGGUGGUGGUGGCGAGCGGGAGGACCAACGUGGCCGGCCUGCUCCCCUCCCGCCAGCACUCCUUGGCCUCUGCUGCGUAGCUCUUGUACUCUUUGGUGCUGCAGACCGAAUCUCCUUCAAGCUCAUGGCAGAUGCAAUGCCCCACUAUGUGUACUUUCUCCAUCAGCUGACCAUGCUCGUCUACAUUGCUGCUUUCUUCACCCCGGUCAUCCUCGGUGGUGAGCUCCGGGCGGUGAGCUGGCCGCUGUUGCGCAAGUUUGCCGUCAUGGGCGGCAUCGACUGCUGCUGUACGCUCAUCGUCAUUAUGGCUGCCCCGCACGUGGCUGGACCGGUGCAAAUCCUGCUGAUGCAGGGCGUGCUGCCGGCUACCCUCCUCGCCACACGCAUUGCCUUUGGUCGUCGCUAUCUCUGGGUCCACUACCUCGGCGCAGCCAUCAUUGUCAUCGGCAUUCUAUUUUCCAUCCUCGACCCAUCGACCGACGAUCACGCGGCCAGGUCGGGCUCGAAGCCGUCGUCGGCGUCGAACGAGCCGCAGAGCCACAGGAUGGCUAUUGUGUGGGGCCUAUUCUUCUUCUCGUUCAACAUUCCCGCCGCCAUCUCGUCAGUGUACAAGGAGUGGGUGUUCAAGACGUCCGAGACGGAGAUCUCCAUCAACCUCCUCAACGCCUGGGUCUCGUUCUUCCAGUUCUUCUUUGGCCUUCUCUUUGUGCCUGUGGUGGCGCCGCUGGAGGACACGGCGUUUAGCGACAUUCCGGCCAACUUUGGCGACGGCGCCGUCUGCCUCUUUGCCCAUCGCGAGAACCGAUCGGGCGACUACUGCGCGGGCUACACCACCAUCGUUGUCUUUCUCUGCCUCUUUUGCAACGUGGCGUGGAACGUGUUCAUCCUGCUCAUCAUCAAGAAUGCCACGGCAAGCCUCAUGUUUGUGGCCAACACGCUCACCAUUCCGCUGGCCAAUCUCGGCUUUGCCGUCCCGUUUGUGGUCGCCGGCGGGCCGACGCCGCGGUCGCGCAUCACGUGGGAGGGCAUCAUGGCGCUGGUAGUCACGCUUGCCGGCCUCGCGGUGUACCAGACCAAGGCCGAGCCCGAAGACGAGGCCACUGCGCCGUCGCCGCCGCCGCCCAAGGACCACGUCAACACGCCGCUGCUCGCUCCGUCGGCGUCGCCGCUUCCGCUGCCGCCGGCAUUGGGCGGCUCGAUCAACGCGUCGUCGACCGCGCCACGCGCCAUUGGCUUUGGCGGCACCCCGUCGCCGAGCGCAAACAUUAUCGCCUCGCCGCUCCUGGUCCCGUCGCCGUCGGGCCACACCCGGACUUCCUCCUCGGUCGUCGCCCGCUCGUUUGGCACGCGCUUUGGCGGCGCUUCCUUCACGGGCCUCCGCAUGGCCUCUACGCCGACCUCGGGCCACAUCGGCGUUACUGGUGCAACGCCCGGCUCGCCCGGCGACGCUGUCUGGCGGCCUGGCCGCACCUACUCGCAGUUCUAGUCCAUCCACAGCCGUACACCUGUAAUACCCGUCCUGAGAAUCUC